AGUAUGGUGUCUCGGGGCCGGAGGGGCUGAGGGGCCGGUCGUGUCCGGAAUCCGUAUCCAUCUUGCCCGGGAGCUGCGACGACGGUCUUGCCUGUCUCGCCAUUAUCGAGUGGCGAGACCAAAGCCGCGAUGGCAUCCGAAACCGCAGGACUGUGAGGCAUCAGAACGAGAGCCAACAGGCCGGGCAGAGCUACAGAACCGGUCGCGGACGAGGCGAGCUGCCGUCAUGGAGCUGAGGGUUGGGAACCGGUACCGGCUGGGCCGGAAAAUCGGGAGCGGCUCCUUCGGGGAUAUCUACCUGGGAACUGAUAUUGCUGCCGGAGAGGAGGUUGCAAUAAAGUUGGAAUGUGUGAAAACCAAACAUCCUCAGCUCCACAUCGAGAGUAAAAUCUACAAAAUGAUGCAGGGUGGAGUGGGUAUUCCCACAAUUAAGUGGUGUGGAGCUGAAGGGGACUACAACGUUAUGGUGAUGGAAUUGUUGGGACCGAGUCUUGAAGAUCUCUUCAAUUUUUGUUCAAGGAAAUUUAGUCUCAAGACAGUCUUAUUACUUGCUGACCAAAUGAUUAGUCGAAUUGAGUAUAUUCACUCUAAGAACUUCAUCCACCGAGAUGUGAAGCCAGAUAACUUCUUAAUGGGCCUGGGGAAGAAAGGCAAUCUUGUCUACAUUAUAGACUUUGGACUAGCAAAGAAGUAUCGAGAUGCUCGAACUCACCAACAUAUUCCAUAUCGUGAAAAUAAAAAUUUAACAGGAACUGCUCGUUACGCAUCUAUCAACACUCAUCUUGGAAUUGAGCAAUCUCGCAGAGAUGACUUGGAGUCCUUGGGCUAUGUACUGAUGUAUUUUAACCUGGGCUCCCUCCCCUGGCAGGGACUGAAAGCAGCAACAAAGAGGCAGAAAUACGAACGUAUCAGUGAAAAGAAAAUGUCUACACCCAUUGAGGUUUUGUGUAAAGGAUAUCCUUCUGAAUUUGCCACAUACUUGAAUUUCUGCCGUUCUUUACGUUUUGAUGACAAGCCGGAUUACUCCUAUCUAAGGCAAUUAUUCAGAAACCUCUUUCACCGGCAAGGAUUCUCCUAUGACUAUGUAUUUGACUGGAACAUGCUGAAAUUUGGUGCAAGCAGGGCAGCUGAAGAUGCUGAACGUGAAAGGCGAGAACGAGAGGAAAGGUUAAGACAUACACGAAAUCCAGCUGUACGUGGAUUACCCUCUACUGCUUCUGGCAGGCUAAGAGGAGCACAAGAUGUUGCUCCUCCUGCUCCCCUUACCCCAACUUCACGUGCGGCCAACACCUCUCCUCGGCCAGUGUCUGGUAUGGAACGAGAAAGGAAAGUGAGUAUGAGAUUGCAUCGUGGUGCCCCAGUCAAUAUCUCGUCGUCUGAUUUAACAGGCCGACAAGAUACCUCUCGCAUGUCAACUUCGCAGAAUAGCAUUCCUUUCGAACACCAUGGCAAGUAGCUGCUCGUCUCCUUUCGUUGGAAGGCAGCACUGGAUUCCUGCUCGGGUUACUACCAGUGUUCUCCAGUCUGCUGUGCACCGAUGAAAAUUAUUUUGCCAUGGAGGGCAAUAAUGCAUGGCUGAUCUCCCAUGUUACCAAUGGCUUUACUAGCAAAUAUACCCUAAAAUAGAGCGGAAAUUGGCGUUCUCCAUGUGACCUAAAAGGUGCUUGGAGGAACAUGCAGAGACUCCAGCAGCUGCCAUUACAGGAUGCUUUUGCCAGAAACCCACUGACCUUAAGAGAACCCUGUGGUAACAGGGCUGGAAAAGAAAGAUGGUUUACAGAGUUCACCGCCUGUUACUGGACGGCCAUUUCAGUUUUCCCUCCACAGGCGGCAGACUUUACUCCCUUUUUAUUAUUCUACUGUAACUAUAAAUCUUUUACUUGGUUUAAGAAAAUUUUUUGUAUCAUUUUGCUAAAAUUAUUGGCUUACUUCUCUGUAAAGAACUCUUGCUUUUGUCUGAUUUAAAAAUGUAGAAUAUAAACAAACCUGAACUAAAGACAAUGACUUGAAAUUUCUUGUUUAAAAGAUUAGACAGCAAGGGAACAUGUAAAUGAAUCAAAACCAUCUGAUGUUAUUUAAAUUGUUCACUUCCAUGUAUUGUCCUAUUCUGAGUCAGCUGUCUCAUGGAAUUUUUAAAACUGGUAGAAGUUUAUUUUACUAUUUGCUGUCUUCAUUCACACUGGACAUUUAACUUUCUGCGUAGCACAGGAAUUUUUAAUACUCACUGUGUUUCAUAGAAGAGGAUAACUAAAUACCCUGCAGGAGAGUCUUAAGUAUAGUAGAGAUUGUAAUGAUGGAAUUUUUGUUUUGUAAAGAACAUGAAGGACAAAGUGAAAGACUGGUGUUUGAGGGAUUUAGAAUUAAAAAGCUUGUUCUGUC